UUCACGCUAGAAAAACAAACCAUCUGAAUUUUCCAAAAGCUAUCGGCCUCCAUAUUGAUCGUACGCAAAACCAAGAAGACGAUCCUGAAAAUGGUCUGCUUGGCGUGUCUAUUACCCCUUUUCCUCGUCCCCAUCGUCAAUAUUCUUCCUCUUCUCUUCUAUUACAUCAUGGGAAAAGUUUAUGGGAUUUUGGGCUGGGAAUACAGGAAGCCAGAGAGGGUUCCUCCGGCUUGUCCUUAUAAGCCUGCAGCCAAAAAUGAUAGCAAAGUGGGGGUUGAAGCUGUACCCGGUGCACCAGAGUCUGUUUCAGAAGCGGUGGGAGUGGCAGAUGAGAAGCGGGACUGAGGCUGGACUACUUUCUUCAGUUGCUGGGCCUUAGGCAUAGAAAGUCCUUGCUAUUGUUUUCAUUAUCCCAACUAGACGUUUGUUGGAAGCUUUAUAACCUUUUGUUGUAUGAAAUGGUCUUGACAGAUAAAGACACUUAACAUUGAAGGGAUGAAAGAUGGUAAUUGCAGUAGUUUUUACUUA